AUGCUAUUAUCUAUAUUAUUGCUUUCUUCCUUUACUCUUUUUCUUAAUCUUACAUUCUUUCUUUUCUCUUUCUUUCUUUUCCUUUUUUUCUCUUCUUUUUCGUUCUCUUUUUCUUUUUUAUUUCUUUUCUCUUUCUUUGUCCCUUAUUUUCUUUCUUUUUUCUUUUAUUUUUCAUUCUUCAUUUUCUUUCUUUUUUAUUUUUUCUCGUUCUUUUUUUCAUUUAUCGUUAUUUUCUGGGUUUUUUUCUGUUCUUUCAUAUUUUUUUUCAUUUUUUCUCUUAAUUUUUCAUUCUUUCUUUUUUUUUUUCUUCCUUUUUUUCUCUUCUGUUUCUUUUCUCUUUUUCCUCCUUAUUUUCUUUUAUCUUUCUUUCAUUUUGCUUUAUUGUUUCUUUCAUUUAAAUUCUUUUCUUUUCUUUACCUUUCUCUUUUCUUUUUCGUUCUCUUUUCUUUUUCUUUUUUUACUCGUUUUUUCUUUCUCUCUUUUUCUUUAAAUUCUUUUUAA